AUGGAGUACCAUUCAGUGUUUGGUGUUAUACUGACUUUAGUUACUCUGAUUACUUGCAGUAACUCUGCUACAUCCAAAUACAGAAUGAAAAGGGCUUACACAGACAACUUCAAUAUAUUAUUGAAUCUUUAUAAAAUGAAUCCAUUAAAAAGUUCAAAUAUAUUUAAAACGUUUUCUAAUAAUAUGCUUCUACCGAAUCGAGCAGAGGAGUCGAAUGCCAUCAUGCAUUUUGAUUCAAAUGAAAGUGUAAGAGAAAAUCAAAUGCGUGUCGACAGGAAUCUUAAACAUAUCGAGGAUAUAAUUCAUGUUGAAAAACCACAUCGACAAGAAAUAAGUCCGCCUGAUUAUAUAGUGGCUGAUACCAGCCCUGAAAUAUUUUCUAAUGAAAAUAGAAUUAAUGAUAUAGUCAGUGAUAUUGGUCACAAACAUGUUGAAAUGAAACAAAAGAAAUUCCGUUCUCUAUUUGCCGAUAUAGAAAAUGAUAAAGAUGGUAACACUAUUUUUAAAACUAAGGCUAUACCGUCAUUAAUUAAAUCAGGAAUAAAAUUAUAUGUGAAAAACCAAACUAAUAUAAAUACCAUAAGUGACGCAGUACACACUACUUCUGUCACUUUGGCUAAUGAAACUUAUUUGCAUAAAGAUUUUGACAUGAAAUUUUCCGAAAAUGGUGUUAUUAUCAUGAGAUAA